GGCCCUUAUUCAAUUUCGCAGGAAAUGUGCUGCAUUGAUGUGACAAAUUCAACACCAAUUUCCAUGUUUUUGCCUGCUAAUUCAGGCCAGGGAAGUUGUGCUUUGGCUUUGAACAAUUUUCUCGUGACCUUACAUAAUGAUUUUAUUGGCCGUUGCAAGAGCUUACUAAAAGAUGAAAGUCGGUAUGUGUAAUAGUAUAGAUGGUUUCGUCUUAAUAAGAAAACCACAGCUAAUUGCCCUUUGCGAUCGAUACCAUCUUGAUUGAUCUGUGAACAAAACGAUACUACCUACCCUAUUGCUGCUUGUAUGAUGUAUCAAUAGAACCAGUUUUCCGUGUUAGCAUUUAGUUGUAGACACACUUGCAGAAGUUUGGGAGAAUUCGAAAUUGCUUGGAAUCACUCGCUUUUUUAUCUCAUUUUUUUUCCAUGAUUAAUUUCUCGUUUCUCCCAAACGUAUAUGUGUAUUUCUAUAACUCGAUCAAAACACGAAAAAUGUUUCCUAUUUCUUAAGUACAUGUAUAACUAGAAAUACAUGCAUGCAAAAACCCUCGCCUUACUGACAAAACAUUCUGUUUUCUGAAUAUGAAGAAUUGAAAGUAGUUGUCAUGGUAACACGAUAAUUUUAAGAAUAGUUUUGAAAUUGAGAAAUCCCCCAAAAUAUCACUUUUAAUAACAAAAUUAUCAAUUUCCCAAACAUAUAUAUGCUAGGUAUGCUAUUAUACGUAAUAUAAGCUUCAAUUUAAUGUAAAAUUCAACCACAAAUCCUUCGAAUUAUCCUUCGAAUUAUCCAACCUUCGAAUUAUCGGUAAACAUUAAGUUUGAAACAAAAUACUGAUUUCAAAUUCUCGCAUGAAAAUAACUUUGCUUUCCUUUUAUUUAAAUAUUUUAAUAUACAAAAGAAAGGGUAAUUAAUAAAACUACACUGCAAUUAUAUGCUGUCUUUUUUCACUUAUACUGUAUACACAAUGAUAGUAUCACAGUAUCACUAUAUUAAUAACUAUCAGUUCGAUAUUCGCAGUAUCGCCCACCACUAUGCAGUUACAAAUAUAUCAAUUAUAAAACAAACAAUACAUAAUAUACACUUAAUGUUUGCACCCGAGAGAAAUAGUUAGUUUUGUUUUCCCGAGAAUCUCAAUGUUUCUCGAGACGAAGUCGAGGGAAACAUUGAGAUUCGAGGGAAAACAAAACUAACUAUUUCCCGAGGGAAAAGACGUUAAGUGUUUUGUUAUAUAGCGACGAAACAAAUAUCAACAUUGAACAACAUUCAUACAACAAUAUUUGUAUUUCAUGACAAAAACUCUAUAGCGUAAACGAGUUUAAAAUUUUAAAAACCUACUUAAAUGGUUUCAGCAGCAUAUCCUGUUGCCUGUUAUGUAUUUUUCUUCUCUUUUACAUUCUUUAUUUUAACACAAAGCCACGAAAACAGUAGUUUAAAUAGUAUAAAUUUGUGCCGCCAUUUUGUUUAUUUAUGUACGUAACCGGUCGGGGCGGGCAACAAUUUUUCACUUAUUGCCCGGGCGGGAUACAUUGCAUUUAUCUAAAGCCACGUGACUACAAAUCAGCCAAUCACGUUUGGUGCAUGUUCGCACUAGCUAUAUAACAACAAUAUUUAAAACAAACUUACCUUCAUUAACGUUGGCGACUUUGCUCUAUUCUCUUAGACGUUUUUAGACUUUUUUUGGCUCUCAGAAAGGUUUUGAAAUUUACGAAAUCUUGCAAAAAAGCUAAAAAUACAACUUGCAAGAAAUGUUCGUUAUUUCGCUGUCGUCAAUGCAGUCGUUAUAAUAAAAAUUUCAAUUUGACCAAUCAGUGUUCACUAUUCACGACAGUCCGCUAUAUAUUUUGAGAUCAGUGAGGAUGACCACCCAUGAACGGUGAGCCAUGCGCCCACGAUAUUUGCUGAACUUUAGACUUGGCUAGUGCGUUCUUUUCCCCGGGUGUAAAUAGCCGGGCGGAAUUAGUACCCUCGCGGCUCGGGGAUUAAGAUUUCUAACCUAGCUAUAUUGCACAUAACUACAGUGUUCAGAUAACGCCUUUUAAAACUGGCAACUGUCGAUAUCAUUGACAGCCGUAUUAAAUGUAUAAAAUGAAACAUGAUCUUAACUUCUCUGUUUAAUAACGUCUUUACGCAACGGCUAUUUACUUUAAUUUGUUGUCGAUAAUCAGAUAUAUAAUGUAGCUUGUUUUGUUGAUAUGUUUUUUAUGUUAAAAAGUGAAACUGUGUUUAUCGUGAUUUAAGGAAUAUGGUGAUAAUUACCUAAACUCGGCAAUAACACAAUAUGAUUUUUGAAGCAUCAUUUAGCUGUAGUUUGUGACUUCCGUGUUGUUUGUGCCUCUUCAGUUUGUGUUAACAAGUUGGGCUGCGCGUUUAAACACGUGUUUCACAUGUUAAAUACCCCGCUGAUUGUUACUGGUGAUCCCUGCCGGUUUACGAAACGGAAAAACUUCAACUUCAAAGAAUGUUACCACAUUAGAAAGACAUAAUUUAAAUUUCUAUUUCAUUUCUUUAGUCCAGCCGAAAUCCCGCUGGCCAACAUAACUAAGGCUCAUCUUGUGGCAUAUGAUCCAGAAAAAGAUUUCUUACCAAUGAUCCUCGCACACUGUGAUUAUUCUCUUAAAGUUGGUGAGGAAACUACAGUAGAAUUUAACUGGAAGUGUUUGGAAAGACAGCUGGUGGACAGAUUUAUCAGAGGAAGACCCAGACUAAUGUCUUUGGUAAAUACUAACAAUGAACAUAGAGUUCAGAAUUUAGAAGCAGGGUUAUAAAAUUAAUUGAAAAAUAAAUUGAGACAAGAAUAAAUAAUAAAUCGUUUAUGUUUAUACAUUAAUUUGACACUUGUCGAUUCAGUUUUCCACCAAUCAAAGACGACUAUUAAGAACCAGUAUCUUAAAUAAUACGCUGUUUUUUCUUUGCUUUUCUUACUAGGUUGAAUUGUUUGUGUUUAGUAAGGAUAUUUGUGACGGAGAAGUAUUUAAGGCCUUAAAACAGAAGAUACGUCAGGUAGAUGUGUUUAAAGCUUUAAACCACGUUCACUUUUGUGUAUUUAUUUCCGUGCAGACUAAACAUUCAGUCAAAGACAAGAAAUAAUUUAGCAACUCGGUUAUUCUUUUUUUAUAUUUAUUCUGAAACUUCAGAACUUAUAUUUAUUCUGACACUUCAUCAUUUGAAUACUUUAAAAAUGUAUUUGGAAUAGGGUUAACUUAAUAUUUAAGUUUCUUGUUUAAAAAAUAGGAAAUAUACGAAUCUUCACUCAUUUCUUGGGAACGACCUGAGACUGCAAUCACGGCUUCAAUUUUUGAAUUGCAGAAUAAUUAGAUGCACUAUCUAGUGUAUAUAAGAUAUCUAUGCUAUCAGCUCAAUGAGGGUAGAUUAGUUUCCGUUUGCAGAAUCAUGGCCAGAAAUCAGGGACAUUAGUAAGGCAGUAGAGUCACAAUAUCUGUACCAUGGAGACGGAGGUUGACGCCGGAAAAAUAUACAGUUUCCGAGCAUGUUUCUGCCAGGAAAUAUUGCUGAUAAAAUUUGUAAAACUGUAGUAUUAUUAUUCAUGCACAUAUAAUGAUUUAGACAUUAACACCAGACUCGCCUAAAACAUGUUUCUUAUAGUUAAGCACUGACCAAUCAGAAGUCUUCCAUAACAUAGUUAUUGGCUACACCAUUGAAGAGGUUGAAAUUAAACAAAAUUCUUAAAAGUGCAUUAUUGUCAUUUUAGGAAGAACUAACUCGCCCAGUCCAAGAUCAAAUAUUGAAUGAACUCAAUCAACUGACCGAUGUUUGUGAUGUUCUUAAAUCACUCCAUAUUGCUAUUGGAUUUCUGUCUUCUGCUGGGGGAGAUCCGUCAAUGUCUAUCCAUGAAUACCUUCAUUCAGGAUUAAAGAUGACACUUGGAAAUGGCUUAAAAAGCGGGAGGGUAAAUCUAUAUUUGAAGGAGUAUAACUCUUCAAUCCUGACACUUUUUUAAUCUUUAUUCGGGCAAACUAUGCGUAUUUCAGUAGCUAUUUGCCUUAUCUUGAAACCAAAAAAGAACGCCCUUUCCGCAACAUUUUCUUGUUUAAUUUUCAAGGUCGUUGUAUUUAAGUCUAAGAUAUAUUUCGAACAAGCCCAGAUAACAGCAUUAUUUUAUCUAAGAUUGCCUGAACAACCGUCUACAGGAACCAAAGGAUAAUUCGUCUAUUACACUAGAAAUUUUUUUUACAAUCCUUAAUACGGAAGUAGUAUGGAUUUUCGUUGGAAAUAGUAUGGAAAUCCAGUUUUCAUUCUAAUUUCAAUUUCCAUACUAUGGAUAUAUUAAUCAGUUAAAUACAGGUUAGUUGAAAUAGAGUUUUAGCUUCUGAUGUUUCUACACAUAAAUUUUCUCUUUUAGGCUGAGCAGUUUUGUCAACUGCAACAUAUUGUAUCACUAUGGCUGUUGUUAUCUUUAGAAAGGGCAAGAGUAUUGACAAAGCAUAAACAGGUUUGUAAUAAAUUUAAAUGAUACCACUUUAGAAAUUUUGGGGAAAGCUCCUGCAUGCAUACAGAAAAUCUCAAGUUGACAUUAUAGACCGUAAUAAUGAAAUUGAAGAAGACUUGCUCUUCUGUAACCUCCAUGUAUGUACGUUUCGAUCCACUUGUCAAACUUGUUUACACUUUAAGUACUAGUUAAAACAUGAGCAGCCGAUCUUUAUCUGAUAUACAAACUCAAGCCGAAUGCGAGCGUUUGUAUAUCAGAUAAAGAUCGGUUGCGAAAACACGACUCAACUUAUGAAGUAAUUUUAAAAAUAAGCAUUGUCUAAGCCGAGAAAAUCAAAGCUGAAAUUUAUAUAAGUCAGGAAAAUUCUUUAUCCGAUUUACAAACAUCGAUUGAACAUAUUCUUUCCUCAUGAAUUAUUAAUGAGGUUUUUAAUAAUAUGCAAGUGGAACCGUCCGAGUUGUAGUAUGUUUCCGAAUGAAUCAUUGCGUCUCUUGAUGAUGACUAAUAUGUCUUACGAGUUAAAUCUGAGUGAUUGGCGAAUGCUGUUAUCCCGCGCCGCGUAUUUUUUUAUAUGUUUUGAGUUUUAUGUUACACCUACAUAGUAGCUAGUGAAUUUAGUGGCCUUAACAGCUUUGAAAUAAGUUAAUGAAAUAUUCUAUUCCAAUAUGCACAGUGAUUUGUAUCAUACUUACAAAUGUGCAAUUAUGCAUAUAAUGCAAUCUAUAAACAGUAGAUCUGCUCCAAAACUCUAACCUUGGCGUCGAAACAGCAAGUUUUCACCUGUUGACCAUGUGCAUGAGAACAAACUUAACCCAUUGUUUCUGUGAUUAAACAUGCAAAAAGACAUUUAGAAAAGGAAAAUUAAUUUUAACCCAGCGGUUCAUUCCUUUUUAGGAUCCAUUCGAUGACGUAUCGGAUAAGGUGAAGACUUCACUUCACCAGAAACAAAAGUUUCAUUUAAACAGCGGGUUACAAAAGCUAAAUGUGGAUUAUUUUGUUCGUGUGUUGCUGAAAUUCAUUUUGCUUUACUUGAAACAUGUUCCUGAUGAUCAUUUACACUUUCCGUAAGUUUACACAGAAGUUAUUGUAAUUAUAAAUCAACUAUAUACUGUGCGCGGAGCUGCGCGAAGAUUUUGUUGAAACUCCGUUAAGCGACAAUUCCGAAUUUAUUUGGCUUCAGUUCAUAAAUACGGUAUCUGCAAAACCGUGGAUGCAUUCUCUUGUGCAGAAAAGCGUGCCACGUUUUCGUUUCAAUACAUUCAGGAAUACAAUAAAUCCCUGAAACUAUUGCUGUUAUUCUAAUCUACAUCUUUUUGAUUAUUACUUUACGAAUAUUUCCUUGACCUGUGAGCUUCGCUCUGAUGAAUCAAGACGAAAAGCUAUUCGAUCAUGGUUCGUGAGAACUAAGCUUCCUUGCCAAGAAUGGAUUUGUGACGUAAUUAUCCCCGAGCCAACGGUGCAGAGCGCCGUUCCGGGCGUAAACCCGGGGCGAAGGUACUAAUUCCGCCCGGCUAUUUACACCCGGGAAAACGAAAGCAUUAGCGAAGUCUGAAGUUCAUCAAUGAUCGCGGGCGUGGGUGACCAACGGUGGGUUUUAUCCUCACUGAUCUCAAAAACAUGGUGGACUGUCAUGAAUAGCGAACACUGAUUAGUCAAAUUUAAAAUUUGUAUUAUAAAGACUGCAUGCAUGACGAGAGCGAAAUAGCAAACAUUUAUUGAUUUGAUAAUUUCUUGCAAAAUUAGUAUAUUUCAUUUGUGCAAGAAUAUGUAAAUUUUAAAAGCUUUUUAAGAAAAUAAAGGUGAAAGAAUUGAUAAAAGAAGGAAGUAAAGGCGCCAACGUUAACGAAGGUAGGUUUGUUUUUAAUAUUGAUGUAUUGUUCGCUUUAUAAUUGCUUUAAAAGCUGACCGUUGCGUAUAUUUUAAGUGAAAAAGACAGCAGAUAAUUUCAGUGUUUCUUUAUUGAUUACCUUCUUUUGUUAUAUUAAAAUUUGUAAUUAAAAAUGAAUGCAAAGUUGUUUGAAUGCGAGAAUUUGAAAUUAUUUUAUUUCAAACUCAACUUUUUUCUAUAAAGGCAGUUUAGUUUCAUAAAGAACAUUUUAAAAAUGUCUUGCGCGUUUGAGGUUGAAUUUUACCUUAAAUUGAAGCUUAUAUUACGUAUAAAAUUAACAUAGGUGUCAAUUGGGACAAGAGUUCUGUUCCUUUCCCCUGUCACGAAUUGUCUAACUUGUCUUCAUUUGUCUUUAAUUAGUUUGUAACAUGUACAUAGUGACAAGUUCAUUAUAUUAAAUACUUCAUGUUCGGAAAAUACAAUGGUUUUGUCAGGAAGGCGAGGGGUUUCUGCAUGCAUGUAUUUUCUAGUAGAUAGGAUGUAUUUCGCGUGUACCUAUGAUACGUCGCUAUUUCCGAGAUGACGAUUCCUAGAUCAUACGAACAUACAACUAUACAAAAAUAAAUGCAUGGGGUUUGUCCCAAAACCUUGGUCUAUGCAUGAUAUUGUCGUACCAAUAGAGUUUAACAGGACUACAUCAGCUUAUUUAUAAUAGAUUCAACUGAAAUAUUAAUUUCAAUUGAUCUUUUACUGCAUUGUUAAAAUGAACAAAAUGUCGAUGGGUUAGUUCGUGGAUGGUCUGUUAAAUCCCUCGGGUCAUUAAUCUGCUCAAUAACCACACAUACAAAUAACUUAAAUAUGUGUUUCAUUACUUUAGUUUAUCGCAGUACAUCAAUGCCAAACUAGAGGAAAAGGAAUGUGAUGUCAUUGAUGGUUUAGAGGAAUAUAUACCAGAGGAUAUCAAAGUGGAACAUGCCGUGGAAGCUUGGAAAGUUGCCUGCCAGAAAAGCGAAGAUUACCACUCAAGGAUGCGGGAGUAACUUGUAAAGAAUUUUUGUCCAUUUCUGAUUUUUACAUAUCUUAAAAUUUAGAUCGUAUUAAAUAAUCACCCACUCAGCGAGAAAGAUUAUUUUAACGUAUAAUUUCACAACCUAAUUAGUAUAUCUUAACUUCUUUUUUCAUUCAAUAUAUCAUGUAUGGUUUUAUUUUGGGAAAAUAAAUUUUGG